CUCCCGCUGCCUCUGCUGGCAGCAGCUGGAUGCGCGCCGCUGAGGGUGCCGAGACAAGAGGCGUCAGCGGGGUGGAAGACUCACUUUCUGAGCUGGCAGGGACGCUGAUCGACGUGGAGCAGAGAGGAUGAAGGGAACGACUUUCCUGCUGCUGUUUGGAGUCGUGCUGAGCUUCUGUGACGCUCAGUCUGACACCGGCGGCGAGGAGGCAGCCGGAGAGGAGGAACACAUGGAGCUCUUCACGACUCCGACUACAAAGAUGGGUGCUGCCACCUCCGACUUCGGUUACAACCUUUUCCGCGUCCUGGCGAGCCGCGACGCUUCCACCAACGUCUUCCUGUCCCCGCUCAGCGUGUCCGAGGCGCUGACUCAGCUGUCCAUGGGAGGAUCUGAGCAUGCUCAGAGGCAGCUGUACAGGGCCCUGAGGUACCACACCCUGCAGGACCCUCAGCUCCACAACACCCUGAAGGACAUGCUGGCCUCAGUCAGGACGGCGGGGAAAGGCCUGAGUACCGCUGCACGCCUGUACCUGGCGAGACGACUUCGUUUGAAGCAGGAGUUCUUUGGUCUUGUGGAGCAGCAGUAUGGAGUUCGCCCCAAGGCGCUGCUGGGAGGAUCCAAAGAUGUGAAAGAAAUCAACGAUUGGGUGUCUCAGCAGACGGGCGGGAAAGUACAGCGCUUUCUGACCAAGCCCCUCCCUCGCGCCGCCGGCAUGAGCAUUGUGAGCGCCGCCUACUUUAAAGGGAAGUGGACGACUCGGUUCGCUCAGAGUGGAGGGCUGGAAAACUUCCAGGUGGAUGGCGCAGCACCUGUGCGCGUUCCCAUGAUGCAACAGGAUAACUACCCAGUGAAGAUGGGAGUUGACUCGGACUUAGGCUGCACGAUCGCUCAGAUCCAGAUGCAGGACGAUGUCAGCAUGUUCAUCUUCUUGCCCGAGGAUGUGACCUCCAACAUGACCCUUGUGGAGGAGAGUCUGACCUCUGAGUUUGUCCAGGACCUCUCCAUGACGCUACUUCCUGCCAAAGUGUCCAUUACUCUGCCCGUCCUGAAGCUCAGCUACUCCACAGACCUGCUGCCGCUGCUCGGCGACCUUGGUCUCUCUGAAUGGCUAGACAACCCGGAGCUGGAGAAAAUCUCCACUCAGGCUGCCAAACUUAUUUCUGUCAAUCACAAGGUCACGAUGGAGACGGCGCCAGAGGGGAAUCAGUACCCGAGCGACACAACGGCAAGCCACCUGACAUACCGAGUGGACCGCCCUUUCCUCUACCUGAUCCGGGAUGAAACCUCAGGGGCGCUGCUCUUUAUCGGCCGGGUGGUCAACCCCAAAAGCCUGUCGAUAUAAAGCGCACACACACUUUUGCACACCUGUCUUCACGGGGACCGCCAUUGGCAGACUGUUUCAGAACUUAUGUCUAAAACCUAGACUUAACUCUGAAACAGCCCUUUAAAAGUUUGAAAACGCCCUCACUCUAAAGACCUAAAACUCACAUUGGUCCCCACAGAGGCAGCUGUGCGCGCACACACACACACAGACAUACACACACACAGACA